UGUAUUUCCUCUGCGAAAUUGGGAGAGGGGGAGCGCCCUGUCGUAAGACUCCAGAAUUUUUGACGGCGCUGGAUCGGGUAUCGUGGAUAUGUACAUUGCACAGUACGGACACGGGCUGAGUGUCGCUCGGAAGAAUGACAUUUAAAAUCCGUGACUGAGAGUACGACGACGGCGACGAAAACGAGGAAGGAGAGCGAACGGGAUUGAAAAGUACGUUGACAGUUUUGACAGGCCCCGUCACAUGGGGCAUUGAGUUCAGCGAGGGCCGUUCGAGAAGCAACGACCAUGGAUCUCAACAAUGAUCUGGACCAACAUUUGCUGCACCAGUUCAGCUGCCUGGGCACCACGGACAAGGAUGACCUGGUGAAACAGCUGCAGAAGCUGCUAGCGGACAGCCAUCUGAACGAGACCACCGCCACGUUCUUCCUUGACAUGAACAAUUGGAAUCUGCAAGCGGCAAUUUGCAGUUACAUUGAUUAUGGAAGUCCCUUCAACACUCCGUGUAUGACAUUGAUAUGCGACAGUACAAUCGGCGAGGGAGAGGCUGUACCGCCUAACACGAACUUUCAGAAGUCGUGGCGUGUGCAGAACAGCGGUAACGAGCCUUGGCCCAGUGGUAUCCAACUGCAGCAGUCCAGUGGAGUGCAUAUGGGCUGCGUGCGGAUACCUGUUCCACCGUUGGCCCCCAAGGAAACCACUGAGUUGAGUGUAACAUUGAAGAGUCCAGCUGAAACCGGUGUUCAUCAAAGUAAAUGGAGAAUGACUACGACCAAUGGUUCUUAUUUUGGGGAUGUUAUCUGGGUGAUCAUAACGGUGAAUGAAUGCGGCACAUUGGCGGUUACUCAACAGUUGCAUCAGUUAAGUACGCAGUCCAAUGAUGUACAAAUGUCCUAGCCUUUGACGUACAAAAGUCUCCCCUAAAAAAGAUUUGUGGAACGUUGUACAAGACAUCUCUUGCGGAUCAUUGUAAGAAUCGACAAUUAUUUCUAAAUUUUGUAUAGAUCGCUUUUUUCAUAACGGAGCUUUUUACCGCUCCUACACCUCAUAAAAAAUUGCUGUGUAGCAGAUAUAAUUACAUUAAUAAAAAUUGCAAUAGAUUUGGCUAUACUCUUAUCCUGAAUUAAAAUAUUAAUAGGAGAGACGCAGAGCUACAGUUAAUAUAAAAUGCAUUUUAUAAACAAAAAUGUAUUUCCGAUAAAAAUUUUAUUUAAAUUUGUGUUAGAGAUAAUUCUUUAUUUACAAUGCAGGAACGAUCAUUUCCAGCGUUUGUUCUUAUUGAUUUAUAUAAAAUAUAACGAAUUUAUACAUUAUACAUAGAAUUUCAUAAUUUUGUUAUACUUAUAGAAGCUGCUUGCGUAAGGCCUUUUAUGAUCGUCCAUGCUUGUCGAUCACACGUAAUCGACCGAAAAAAAAUUAAAUUUAUGUAAUUAAAGAUGUAUAGCGAUUGGAAUAAAGAGCGCAUGCGAUGAUUUUUAUUGGAAUAUGGAUGUGAAUUGUGAUAGAUUUGCAUGGAUCAUGGAUGCGAUGUGGGUGUUGAAAGAUAUUGAUAUAUACUUAAGAUACAGAUUUAUUGAAACUAUAAUUUUUCUUAGAAAGUGAAGUUUAGUUAAAUAUACAUAUACACACACACACACACACACACACACGCGCGCGCGCAUAUAUAUAUAUAUAUAUAUAUAUAUAUAUAUAUAUAUAUUCAAGCAUAGAUGUAUAUGCGUAUAUAAGACUUUACUUACGGUAUAUAUAUAGCUAGGGGAUUACGAUAUAAAAUAUAUUCGUCACUUAUCAUCUCAGCCCGAACGUAAAGAGAAAUCGAACUAUUAGAGGUAAUUUUUUUACGUCUCUCUGAAAUCGAAAAAUAUUAUAAUUGAAAGUACUAUCAUUUAAUUGGUGUAUCUGAAAUACUGAUCGUAAAUACUAGUUCGUAGAAAGACUAGUUCUUAGCACAUUGGUUUAUUAGUUAAGUACAUUAAACUCGAUAUUGCCUCGUUAAUUCCACGAAUGUUACGAGAGCAAAAUUGUAAAUUUUACAUAGAUCUUUCAGAGGAUUAAGCUUAUUCGAGUGAGAUAAUAGAGCUCAGACGGCCAUUUUCAUGUAGAGUUUGGCGUAUGGCUUGUAAUCUAUCAAUUCGAAAUCUUCGGCAAUGAAAUCGUCGAUAUCUUUGAUCUCUCUGACUAUCUUUAAUUUUGGAAACUCGCGCGGUUCGCGUUUCACCUGUUCCUCAAGGGCGCUUAUAUGAUUGACGUAGACAUGGCAGUCUCCCAUUGUAUGUACAAAUUCUCCUGGCUGAAAAAUAAAAGGAAAUAAAAAAUAAAACCAAGACUCGUCUGUGAAA